AUGAUUUCUAAGCCUUUUCCUGCACCAUAUUCUAACACUUAUAAUACAGGUUGGAGAAAUCAUCCCAAUUUCAGCUGGAGAAAUGAUCAUCCCACAAAUUCAGCACAUCCGGGAGCUGGUGCACCUCAAUAUUCAGUUCAUACCCAGCAAAAUGCACUAAUUUCGGCCCCUAGAAGACCCAUGUAUGACCCAUUUCAACAAAUGGCUUCUACUCUUCAGCAGUUCAUGCAAAGUCAAACCACCAUAAAUAACCAAACUUCUCAAGCCAUCAAUGACAUAAGGAAUAAUUUGACCAAGCUGAACACAACCUUGAGUACGCAAGAGAAAGGAAAAUUCCUAUCUCAACCCCAACCAAAUCCUCAAGUCCAAAAUGCUACCAUAGAGUCUUCAUCUUCUUCAGAAGCAAAUGUCAGGACUUGCAAGGUCGUAAUAACUCUCCGUAGUGGCAAAGAAGUUGAAACAUUGGGUAAUGAAGCUGGCAAGAAAGGUGAAAGUUCCAUUUCUAAUGCACAAGGUAAAAAUUCUGAUGUUGAUGUUUCUUUGGAACCAAAGGUAACUCCUCCGGCACCCUUUCCUCAAAGAUUGGUUCCUUUACAUAAAGAUAAACAUCAUGCUGAGAUUUUGGACAUUUUUAGACAAGUGCGUAUUAACAUUCCUCUUCUUAAUGCCAUUGAGCAAAUCCCCACAUAUGCCAAAUUUUUGAAAGAUUUGUGUACGGUUAAAAGAAGACUUAAUGUGAAAAAGAAGGCAUUUCUCAUGGAACAAGUCAGCGCCAUUAUCCAAUCCAAUACUCCUCCUAAGUAUAAAGAUCCGGAUUCUCCAAUAAUAGCUUGUGUUAUAGGAAGCUCCAAAAUAGGCCAAGCACUACUAGACUUAGGUUCUAGUGUCAAUUUGCUUCCUUAUAACACCUAUGAACAACUUGGUUUAGGAGAGUUGAAACCAACUUCUAUCAUCUUGCAAUUAGCCGACCGUUCAAUUAAAAAGCCUAGGGCACCCGUCAUUUUAGGGAGGCCAUUUUUGGCUACUUCCAACGCUUUGAUAAAUUGUCGAAGUGGCAUCCUUAAAUUGACGUUUGGCAAUAUGACGUUGGAGUUAAAUGUGUUCAACACUUUUGAGCAAGAGGAGCAACUCCUACGGGUUCUUAAGCAACAUAAAGGAGCACUUGGAUGGUCGAUUGCCGACAUCAAAGGAAUCAGCCCCACCAUUUGCACACAUCGAAUUUUCUUGGAGGAGAAUUCAUCACCAACUCGAGAGAUGCAAAGGAGGUUGAAUCCUACGAUGAAGGAGGUGGUUAAAAAUGAAGUCUUGAAGCUCUUGGAUGUAGGUAUCAUCUAUCCCAUCUCGGAUAGUCAAUGGGAAAAUGCCAUUUGGACUUUGUAA